GGCCCUCUAAGCAGAAGACACAGAUUUGGAGGGAUGCAAAUAUACGGGCUGGGCAGGGAAAUCAGAAAGGAAUCAUGGCUUCACUAUAGGCUUGGUAUGGAGGAGAAAGGAGAAGAGUAAGAAGUCAGGUUAUGGUAGGCCUUGAAUAUCAGGCUGAGAACAUGAACUUCCUCCUGAGGGUGGUAGGAAGCUAUGGAGGGUUUCUGAGCAGGGAAAUGAUACUGUUAGAUUUGGAUUUGAAAAUGAUCCCUUUGAAUUAGAACGAGGGGCCUGGCUCAGUCAGGCUCCCUAGGUAGACGCUGAGGGUGGGUGAAAGAGGUGAUUUUGAGCCUGGGGGCACCGGGGAGCAGAUGGGGACUAAGGCCUAGGAAGGAGUGCUCCUGAACUUGAAAAGGUCCAGCUCCCCAGGAUCAGCUUUGGCCUUGAUGUGACCUGAUUCAGCUAAAUGAAGCUAAGGCAGGGAGAGGGCGAGGCCUGGGGGACUUGCCGGCUCACUGCCUUUGAGGUAACCAUUAAUCCCUCCCCUGGGGGAAUCCGGGAGCUGGUCCCUUGAGAGGCAUAUACUUGACGGAAUGGAGCCACACAAAGAGGCAAGCUUGGCACCAGCACUGGAGGACCAGAGUGUCCUGAUCGACAACACUUUGGACAUUCUGGUCAUUGCCGCGUAUUUCCUGCUGGUCAUUGGUGUCGGCUUGUGGUCCAUGUGUAGGACCAACAGAGGCACAGUCGGUGGCUACUUCCUGGCGGGACGAAGCAUGCUGUGGUGGCCGGUAAGCAGAGGUGGGCUGUGGAGGGGGGAGGGGAGGCCUAGGGAGGCAGCCUGGCUCACUCCACCUCUGGCCCCCCAGGUCGGGGCCUCUCUCUUUGCCAGCAACAUUGGCAGCGGCCACUUUGUGGGCCUGGCAGGGACUGGUGCAGCAAGUGGCUUGGCUGUGGCUGGAUUCGAGUGGAAUGCGCUGUUCGUGGUGCUGCUGCUGGGCUGGCUCUUCGCGCCCGUGUACCUGACCGCGGGCGUCAUUACGAUGCCUCAGUACCUGCGCAAGCGCUUCGGCGGCCACCGCAUCCGCCUCUACCUGUCAGUGCUCUCGCUUUUUCUGUACAUAUUCACCAAGAUCUCGGUGGACAUGUUCUCCGGAGCGGUGUUCAUCCAGCAGGCUCUGGGCUGGAAUAUCUACGCCUCAGUCAUCGCACUUCUGGGUAUUACCAUGGUCUACACGGUGACAGGAGGGCUGGCAGCGCUGAUGUACACGGAUACAGUGCAGACCUUCGUCAUCCUCGGGGGGGCCUUCAUCCUCAUGGGCUACGCCUUCCACGAAGUGGGCGGGUAUUCAGGGCUCUUCGACAAAUACUUGGGGGCAGUGCCGUCGCUGACAGUCUCCGAGGACCCUGCCUUGGGCAACAUCUCCAGCUCCUGCUACCGACCCCGGCCUGACUCCUACCACUUGCUUCGGGACCCUGUGACGGGGGACCUGCCAUGGCCUGCACUGCUUCUGGGGCUUACCAUUGUCUCGGGCUGGUACUGGUGCAGUGACCAGGUCAUAGUGCAGCGCUGCCUGGCUGGGAAAAAUCUGACCCACAUCAAGGCGGGCUGUAUCCUGUGCGGCUACCUGAAACUAAUGCCCAUGUUCCUCAUGGUCAUGCCAGGCAUGAUCAGCCGCAUUCUUUACCCGGAUGAGGUGGCAUGUGUGGUGCCCGAGGUGUGUAAGCGCGUGUGUGGCACCGAGGUAGGCUGCUCCAACAUCGCCUACCCGCGGCUUGUCGUGAAGCUCAUGCCCAAUGGUAUGCGUGGACUCAUGCUGGCAGUCAUGCUGGCAGCACUCAUGUCCUCGCUGGCCUCAAUCUUCAACAGCAGCAGCACACUUUUCACCAUGGACAUCUACACACGCCUGCGGCCCUGCGCCAGCGACCGCGAACUGCUGCUAGUAGGACGGCUCUGGGUGGUGUUCAUCGUGGCUGUGUCAGUGGCCUGGCUACCCGUGGUGCAGGCGGCACAGGGCGGGCAGCUCUUUGAUUAUAUCCAGGCAGUCUCCAGCUACCUGGCUCCGCCAGUGUCCGCCGUCUUCAUGCUGGCGCUCUUUGUGCCCCGCGUCAAUGAAAAGGGUGCCUUCUGGGGACUGAUUGGGGGCCUGCUGAUGGGCCUGGCACGUCUUAUUCCUGAGUUUUCCUUUGGCUCGGGCAGCUGUGUGAGACCUUCCAAGUGUCCAGCGCUCCUCUGUGGCGUGCACUACCUCUACUUUGCCAUCGUGCUCUUCGUCUGCUCCGGCCUCCUCACCCUCAUAGUCUCCCUGUGCACUGCACCCAUCCCGCGUAAACAUCUCCACCGCCUGGUCUUCAGUCUCCGGCACAGCAAGGAGGAUCGAGAGGACCUGGAUGUGGAUGAGGGGCUGCAAGGCCCAACCUCACUCCCUCUACAGAAUGGGCGCCCAGAGCACGCAGUGGAGAUGGAGGAGCCCCAGCCCCUGGCAACAGGUCUAUUCCGCCAGUGCCUGUUUUGGUUCUGUGGAAUGAGCAGGGGUGGGGCAGGCAGUUCCCCACCCCCUACUCAGGAAGAGACUGCUGCAGCAGCCAGGCGGCUGGAGGACAUCAGUGAGGACCCAAGUUGGGCCCGUGUGGUCAACCUCAAUGCCCUGCUCAUGAUGGCUGUGGCCAUUUUCCUCUGGGGCUUUUAUGCCUGA